GGCGUCCGACUUUCACUGCGGAGCACAGGAGAAAACGGUGUUGUGGGUGCAGACCCACGUGUUUGGACUUCAGAGUCGUCUUUUAGUCAAGCGAAGCUCCAUCUCUCCACGAUGGGUUCUCCGUCCGUAGGUUGCUUGCGGUGCCUUGCGGGCUUGGCCUUGCUCGUAGGUUGCUUCCUGAGCACGACCGAGGCACUCCAGAUGGUUUGCAACGGCACAGAGUGCCACAUGCGGCCGAAAGAAUGCGCAGCUACGCAAAAGCGAUGUGUCCCUGACGGCCCGUGUGUGGAUUGCUGCAGCAAUAGCCACUGCCGCAGAUUCCAGAAGUGCACCGAAGGUGUGUGCAAACCUGCCGUGGCGCCGAAGCCUUGCCCUGCCGGGCUGAAGCGUUGCACGGUCGGCGGCCCGUGUGUGAGGUGCUGCAAGGACUGCGACUGCGGCAGCCGCAAAACCUGCGUUGCUGGACAUUGCAAGCCUGCCCGCGUGGUUGCGUGUGCCGCUGGACUGAAGCGCUGCAGCGCAGGUGGCGCUUGCGUGGAGUGCUGCAAACACAAGGAGUGCGGCAGUGGUAAGAAGUGCGUUUCCGGGCAGUGCAAGAUUGUGAAGUGCUGCAAGGAUGCGCAGUGCGGCAAGGGAAAGAAGUGCGUCGCCGGGCAGUGCAAGCCGGCGGGCGUGGGGGCGUGUGCUGUGGGGCUGAAGAGGUGCACCGUCGGAGGUGAGUGUGUGAAGUGCUGCAAGAAUGCGGACUGCCUUCGCGGACAGAAGUGCGUUUCGGGACAGUGCAAGCCGUGCGGCAUCCCCGCAUGUGCCGCGGGAUUGAAGCGCUGUAAGGCGGCUGGUGCGUGUGUCAAGUGCUGCGACGACAAAGACUGCGGCAAAGGAAAGAAGUGCGUUCUUGGGCAAUGCAAGUCAUCGGCUGCGUGCGCGUGUCGUCGUGGGCUUGUGCGGUGCCCCAAUGGGAAAUGCAGCAAGUGCUGCGUCGACAAGCAUUGCCCCAAGGGAAAGCGGUGCUGCGGUGGUAAGUGCAGGACGCGAUGCUGAGAAAUGAGGAGACAUCCGUGCAGUGCAGCUGAUCAUACCUGCCUCGCCGGAUGCUUCGGACUUCAGUAGGCGAUGUGCCUGGUGUCGGGAGCCGUGCAAACCUUGGGCGCACGUGUAUAUAUCCUUGAAGUUCUUAGGCAUCCAGAUGCAUUGUUCCUUUAAGAGUGACGACUAUGGUAGGCUCCGUGUUAACUAUGGCGGGCCGUUGUGUGUGUCGGAGUUUCGUUCUCUGGUAGUACGGGUUGGGCAGCACCUGGCGCUUGCGUGGAGUGCGGCAAUUGAAGGACGCGCUUUAGCGUU